UAAAACGUUACCAUAGUCGCCAAUAAGAAAUACGAGAGUGAACGAACAAGGAGAGAGAGAGAAACAAACAUAUGUAUGUUUGUGCAUAUAUAAAAUCAGUGACUUUUACUUUUUUUUUUUCUUUUUUUGUUUCUAUAGAUUAUUUAAGUAUGUCGGGAGAUACUGAACUUAAUGUUGAUAGUCUUAUAGCACGAUUACUUGAAGUACGUGGAUGUCGACCAGGAAAGAUUGUUCAAAUGACCGAAGGUGAAGUACGUGGAUUAUGUUUAAAAUCUCGUGAAAUAUUUCUUAGUCAACCAAUUCUACUUGAACUUGAAGCACCACUUAAAAUUUGUGGUGAUAUUCAUGGACAAUAUACAGAUUUAUUACGUUUAUUUGAAUAUGGUGGAUUUCCACCUGAAUCAAAUUAUUUAUUUCUUGGCGAUUAUGUUGAUCGGGGAAAACAAUCACUUGAAACAAUUUGUUUAUUACUUGCUUAUAAAAUAAAAUAUCCUGAGAAUUUCUUUCUUUUACGUGGAAAUCAUGAAUGUGCUUCGAUUAAUCGAAUUUAUGGUUUUUAUGAUGAAUGUAAACGUCGAUAUAAUAUUAAGCUAUGGAAAACAUUUACUGAUUGUUUCAAUUGUUUACCUAUUGCUGGUAUUAUCGAUGAAAAAAUCUUUUGUUGUCACGGAGGUUUAUCUCCUGAUCUUCAAACUAUGGAACAAAUUCGGCGGGUAAUGCGUCCAACUGAUGUACCUGAUACUGGUUUACUGUGUGACUUAUUAUGGUCUGAUCCUGAUAAAGAAACUCAAGGUUGGGGUGAAAAUGAUCGUGGUGUUUCAUUUACAUUUGGAGCUGAUGUUGUCGCUAAAUUUUUAAAUCGACAUGAUAUGGACUUGAUUUGUCGUGCUCAUCAAGUUGUAGAAGAUGGUUAUGAAUUUUUUGCAAAACGUCAAUUAGUAACACUAUUUUCUGCGCCUAAUUAUUGCGGUGAAUUCGAUAAUGCUGGUGGAAUGAUUGGUCGACCAUUAACACCACCCCGUGCGCCUACAGCUCCACCUCAACCUCAAGCAAAAGUUGGUAAAAAAUAA